AUGGCAAGCUUGUCAGCUAUUGCAGUUUCCCUCCGCAACAAGGCAUUUAUCACUCGAAGAGUUCUCUCUUCCGUCCCGACAAGAGUCAUCCAUGGGAGUACGACGAAAGAAGCUUCCGUCUGUGACAAAACCACUGAGGCACAACAAAAGGUAGCCAAGAAGGCGGAAGAAGGAGCACAAACGAUCUCCGAGGCCGCAGGUAACUUGAAGGAUAAGGCGAAGAACACUGCAGAGGAGGCCUGGGAUAAGGUGAAAGACACGACAGAAAAGAUCAAAGAUACCGUCACUGGAAAAACCGAGGAAACCAAGGAGUCCAUCAAAGCCAAAGCCCAGACUGUCGAGAAAAGCAUGAAUACCAAGAACCUCAAAUAA